CACUGUUCUAAGAAAGCCAUUACCUACAACCCCACCAAAGGAUGAUUUCGACUGGAAUGGACUCGCAUCUGCUUUCCAUGCGUUUUUGGUCGACCUUGCAAGUGGUAAGGCAUCUGAGGAUCCGAAUAGGAUGUCGGGUUCAGUCCCGUCUCGGUCAACUUCGGCCCGUGGAUCCAAACCCAGACAUGCCGACGGUCGCUUCGUCACUCCACACCCAAAGCAGAGCUUUGAGCUACCCUCGACACUUGGCCAGUCGAGUUCCACAUUACAUCGAGUUCCCUCCACAGCAUCGCCUCGCUCAAAUACUCAAGAAACACGCUCCAAUGCUACUAGCAUCGAGGCACAGGAGAUCAUGGAGGCGAUCCGACGUUCGUUAGAUUCCAGUUAUGACGUGAAACCCUUAAACGCUGCGGUCGCCACUAAGACGCGGGAAAAGGGCGAAUUAAAUUCUGAAUUCCCGAGAGCACCAGCCGCCACUGGUAGUCCACCUUCCCCAGCACCUAUCCGUAUUCCCGUUCGUUCUCGGUCCUCGUCUCCUUCAAAAUCUCCCUCGCCCAUCGAGAGCAUUCAGGCCAUCGAACAAGAGCUCGUCAACCUCGAAUACGAUUUCACGUUCCCUACCACUCUAGAUUUCCUUCCUCCUGCCUCCCUUGGUUCUACCCCAUCCCUUGCUUAUACGACCAACAAUCUCCCACUACGGACGUACGAGAACAAACUUUCGUCUCUUUUGGCACGACUCGAUGGGGUUGAGAGUGAGGGCUCGGAGGAUGUGAGGUAUGCUAGGAGAGACCUUGUGAAGAGGAUCGAAAAAAUUCUUGACGACCUCGAAGAGAAGACGAAGGGAUUAUGGGGGUUGGAGAAUAAUGACGAAACUCCCGUUGAGCAAACUGAGACGGAGGUAUCGGCCGAGCCUACAGCGGGAGAGACUGAGGGGAUUGCAGUUCCGACUGCCCAAAUCAUUCAACUCGUCGAUGCCACUACUAUCACUGUCGACGCGCAGGAGGAAGUAGAGGGGUCAACUUCACAUCCUGUAGAGGUGGAGGAGAACGGAAACCCUUCUUCUACUUCUGAUGCCAUUUUCGAUCAGACGGAAGACGACAAUAUUGCGCCGGAGGUGGAUGUUAACGACAUGGUGAAACCAAUUGAGCCCCAGUUGGAAGUUGUUGUUCCCCAGGCACAGAAAUCGUCAGACCCCACUGAGCGGGUAGAGGCUCGCUCCCCGGAGCCUCAUUUAUCUUCAUCCUCAUCCGAAUCGUCACUGAUUCAGGUACCUUCCGACUUGGAAGAAGAGGAAGGAAUUUCCGAUUUGGGGGAUGAAUCUCGGAACCCGGACGGAGCGCUGCGUGACGGUGACGACGACGCCGCCGCCGACGGAGCAGAUGAUGCUGCUCCUCCAAGUAUGGAGGAGAGUGAAAUGAUCGAACAAACCACGGACUUCGUUCUGCUUUGACGCCAAGGCCGGACACUUUUAAUUGAGAUGGUGGAACCGACAAAGAGCAACCAAGUCUUGGUCAUGUAAGAAGUUUUGAUACCCACUUGCAGAUUAUUGAAGACCUAGGGCGGGCACAAACCAUGUUUGGUGUUCGAGGGAAGAGGAUCGGGACAGAAGGAGUGAUCGAGUUGUUGGAGAUGAUCAUCGAUUAGGGGAUGCUAGCUGAUUACACCCUCGAACACAGCCAAUGAAGGGGAGUCGUAGCAGUGGGCACGCAGAAUUAAUGUAACCGUGUGAAAUAUGAACCACAUAAUUUAGUGAUGGGGAUUGAGGUCCAAU